CAGUCAGGUUUGAAUAUGAAAGAAGUUGAACGUUAUUCAAAGCAUUAAACGGUGUGCCAGAGCGUUUUCGAGGAACCGGGAGCAAAUUUAACAACCAUUUUGAUGGAAUAAACGCGAACACAGUGGCAGACACGACCAAUGGGAUUAAAAGAAACCACACUGUCCUUGGCUGGACGAAAGGAAACAUCGGGUGACAUUUGACUGAGAAUAUAAAAUCAGAACCCCAAGCAACAUACAACAUGGCCAGCAAUUCCUAUACCAAGCCGCCAACUGGUAGGAGAAUGAAGAACCCAGCUCCACCUCCUCCUGGUCCACCCCAGCCGGCUCCCAGACGCCUGCCUGUGCGCAACGUCGUGCCCGACGGAGGAGUGGCUGUGAGCGGGGACGCCAAGGAGAACAUCCUCAGGCCCCUGGUGGAGCUCCAGCUCACCCUGCCCAAUGGAGGACACACCACCACUGCCUUUGACGGCAGGAAGGCUCUUAUGGACGUGCUGGUGGAGGUGUGUGCGCGCUACCACCUGAACCCGGCGUGCCACUCCCUGGAGCUGCAGUCGUCGCAGGGCCAGCCGGUGGCCUUCAAGCCCAACGGCCUGCUGGGCUCCCUGGACGUGGCCAGUGGCAUCAUCCGGGAACGCACCGAGGAGAAGCUGGCACGCAAGCCUGCACCCAAAGUGCCCGAGAAAACCAUCCGUCUGGUGGUGAAUUACCACCGUUCGCAGAAGACUGUGGUGCGUGUGAACCCACUGGUGCCACUGCAUACGCUGGUGCCCACCAUCUGCCAGAAGUGUGAGUUUGACCCCGCACACGUGCUGCUGCUCCGGGACAGCGUGAGCCGACACGAGCUCGACCUCAACAAGUCACUGUCUGACCUGGAGAUACGCGAACUCUACGCCUUUGACCAGAGUCUGGUCCUGCAGCCUAAAAUGGCCUCUGCCCCUGCUCUUAACUACUACACAGACUCGACUUCGACCCAGAGUGCCACCGUAGAAAAGAAAGGCAUUCUUGGAUUCUUCAAGUUCAACCGCAGGAAAUCGAAGACUGACUCGCUGUCGUCCUCUGACAUGGAGGAGGUUGAUGGUGGCCAUGUUGAGAGUGCUGAGACUGGCCAUCAUGCCCUGUCAGGCAUGAGCAGCAGCUUGUGUGUGGAGGCGCGGCCUAGCACUCUGGGCCAAUCCCAGUCGGCCAUGAACAUCAGCAGGCUGUCCCCCAAGACGGACCCGAAGAAGAGACGUGCCCCAGCACCGCCCCCUGCCACUCCCUGCAGCUUCUCCAGCAUAGAGAUGGACCCUGGCUCCCCUUCCAUCAGUAGCCUGCUGAAGAAGCGCAAGGCCCCGGCACCCCCUCCCACCCCGGCCUCCGAGACGCCAGGCACCACCCCCACCCCAACACCAUUCGGCUCCACCACCAUCAGCACCACAACUACCGGCCGUGUCCGCAAACCCUCCUCCACCUGCUCCGCUCCCGCCACCCUGGCCGCUGCCACCACCGCAGCCGCCACCGUGGCCAUGCCCCCGGUGACCGCCACACGACGCACCACUGCCCCCGGUGGCCACGAGGACUCAGCGUCAGAGCUCAGCAUUCGAAGCAGCAGCAGCGAGGAGCUGGAACGCGGCGCAGCCCUGGGCAGCUCCAGCUCCAGCUCUUCGCAGGCCUCGGUGCCCAGCAGCCACCUGGACGAGGUGGCCGUCAGCAGCCAGGACGAGGAGGACGAAUACGAGGACGUGGAAGAUGACGACGAAGAGGAUGAGGAGGUGGAGAUGGAGGAUGUGGACCUGGAUGGAGAUGUGGAGACUGUGAUGCAGCAGCUGCAGCAGCAAGCAUUGAAGCAGCAGCAACAGCAGCAGCAGCAGAAGAUGGUUCAGCCUGCCCAGCCUGUGGUGGUGGAACGCCUGCAGCAGCAGCCACAGCAGGCCGCUCAACGCUCCAUCCAGAGCUCCAGAGAGGAGCUGGUCGUCGCAGAGCCGAAGCUGCAGCAACCGCAGCCCAAGGCUACUCCAGUGCAGCCUAAGCCUGUUCCCGUGCAGCAGGUGCAGCCCCAAGCUCCAGUGCAGAAGCAGGAACAGCGGACGGCGGAGAAGCUACGGCAUAGCGACCGCCGCAGCUCCACAACACCAGACUCCGCCGCUUCCGUCAUUAGCCUCAGGAUAGAGGAGGCGGAGAACAACAGGCACAGCGCCGUAGACGGGAGUAGACAGGUGCCGCCACCGAAGCCUCGGCGGACGUCGCUAGGAGACCAGACAUCUCUGGCGCCCUCGGCCAGCCCGGCCCCUCUAGACCGCAACUCCCACAAUGCAUCACCUGACAGCUUCACAGACAUGCCCCAGCACUCAUGGCUGCACUCGGCUCCUGCUGCAGUUGCUGCUGAGGUCCCUGCAACAGAUGCAGUGGAGACUGGCUCAGUGUCCAGCAGCAGUGGGAGUUUGGCUGACCAGGGCUAUGCAGCGUCCGAUGGCACCGCUGAGGACCCCUGUGCUCUGGGCUUGCCCGCCGACACCAAUCGCAGCCCCCCACGCGCACAACGCGAUGUAUCCAGCGACAGUGACGAAGGCUGUGCCACCUGGAACUCUAGGACCAGCAGUCAAGAGCGAUUUGAGAAGGAUCAGUCGGCCAAGGUAAAGGACAGCUAUAAAGAGGACCCCAAGAUCAUGGCACAACUACAACUCACGCUUGCUGACCUGGAUGCUGAACUUGCAGAAAUGACCAGAGGAAGGGAGACCCCUUCCGAGGCAGGUGACAUCAUCCCUGUGUCCGUUGUCGACUUGGUCCCUGUAACGGCCAUCGACGAUGUGAUUGACUCUCACCUGUACUGCAAUGGCAUUGGUGACCAUGAUGACAGUGCAGCCCAGAUGACCUCCCAGAACAUCCAGAACAAAAACAACAACGCCACCCUGUGUCGUGAGCCUGAAGUGCAGCAGCGAGUAUCAGAGGAGGUCAAAGGUGCAAAGGAAACAAAGCAGGUUAAGCAGGGGACUUCAGACUCAAAAUCAAGCAAGUCCAAAUCUGAGAUUCCUGUCAGUGAGAACAAAAAAGUCGUUUCUGCAUCUAAACCCAAGCCAGCUGCUGAAGAGAAGGAAAAAGUCACUCCACCAUCCACAGCCAAGCAAUCAGCAGUGGCGAAAGAAAAAGUCGUUCCACCAUCCGCAACCAAGCAACCUGCAGUGGACAAGGAGAGAAUAGUUCAAGCACCUGUUGCCAAGCAACCUCCAGUGGGGCCUCCAUCUGGCACGAGCACAUUCGUGGUGGUCCCUCCAAAGGCCGACGUAAUACGCCACCACCACCAAGAUCGCACCAAGAUCACUGAGGUGCCUGCCUCUCGUUUUGGCACUAGGACCUUCACCAUCGUGCCCCCCACGGCGGCCGUACGCAGCGCUGCCCAGACCAAGGCCUCGCUCUCGCUGGGCGCCAUCAAGAUCGAUGAUCAGGGCAACAUGGUGGUAGGGGGCGGCUCACGGCGAGUUGUGGGGAGCACCGCUGUGGAACGCAAGGUGGAGGAGGAGGAGAAGGUGGAGGCAGAAGAGGCAGCCGCCUUGCCACUGCAGGAGAAAGCCAAAGCCUUCUGGUCGUCCACAAGCAGCCAGGAAGCUUCAACAGCCACCAAGACGGCAACAGCAGCGCCGCAGAAAGCCAGAGACACUGAAGUCAAGUCUGGCCAAGGUAGUGCAGUUCCCAAGCCAGCCGAGAAGACUCCAACAGCGAUUCCUGCAGUCAGCAGUUCUUUCACCACGGCAGUGAACAGCAGCCUCAGCUCCCAGGUGAAGGACAGUAAGCCUGCGGCCUCGGAGCCAGCAGCUUCAGCCCAGAAAGCAGACACAGCGAGCAGCCAGGAGACCAGAGACCUGUCCUUCCUGAAGCCACAGAAGAGGACCUCCAGUCAGUAUAUGGCCUCUGCACUGAGUAAUAACAGAUACGUGGUGAAACCUGCUGCUGCCAAAGCAAGCGGCAUUCAGGAGAAACCAGAGCCAGAGCCUCCCACAAGUUCUGUCCCGAAAGCGUCUGUGGAGGUCCGAUCCACCAUUACCACGAUUAAUGGAUCCACCGUCAAGGGUACUAGUAGCACAACCCAGAUGGGCUCUAGUAGCACAACCCAGUUGGGGUUACGGAAAGGGAAUGGCUCUUUUACUCGUGCUGUGAGAAGCCCACCAAGCUACAGGAGUCAUACCUUCCCCAAACAAACCACAGAAGAGCCAACACGCCCUCUAGAGGGAGGUUCAGGUACUGCAUCCCAGGUGACCACAGAAACACCUGAGACUACUACGACCACACCCAGCUCAUCUGUCAGCCAAGCAGGCCAUAGCCAGGAGCCAUGUGCGGCCCCUGGAGUUCUGCCUGAGCCCAAUCAGGUGAGCUUGUUUGGGCCAGUGAAGAAGUUCCGGCCAGUGAUCCAGAAGUCGGUGGAGAAAGAGGCAUCGCUGCACAGCUCGCUGAUGGAGGCCAUCCAGUCAGGGGACGGCAAGGAGCGACUUAAGAGGGUGACUGAGUCCUCAGGUAGCUCCAAGAAGCCCACCAUGGUGGAGGAAGAGAACUCCCACUCUGCUCUCCUCUCUGCCAUCAGAGCCAGCAACACAGACAGACUUAAGAAGACACGGUCUCUGGCAGCCAAGGAGCUGGAUCGCUUCAAGAGCAUGGACCCAGACGACGUCCCCUUGAAGAACCCUUACUCUUCUGCUGCACAUCCUGCUGCUUCUGCUUCCAUACCGACUCCUCCUCCUCCCCCUAUGGCUGUGCCUCCUCCUCCCCGUGCAAUGCCAGUGUCGGCAGCCAAUGCUGAGCAGAGCCGGGAAGCUCUCCUGGAGGCCAUCCGCACUGGGGCUGGGGCCAAGAGCCUCAAGAGGGUGCCUUUGCCCACCAAGACGGUGCAGGUGAACGGGCGACUGGGGACCAUCCAGGCUUCUCGGCCCUCCUCCUCAUCCUCCUCUGACGGCUGCUAGAGACGGCUGCCUCGGAGGUGUCGGCAGACUCCACUACAGGGCCAAGAACAGAGGUGGACAUGCCGGGUUCAGAAGAUGAAAGUCCUGCUGCCACGUAUUAGCUCCAGCCGAUUCACUGAACAAGCUGAUUCCUAGAUUAGAAGACUUGAUUUAGGAAAUUACUGUACCUGCAUGGGAAAAUAGGAACAGGACGUUAACUCUCUCAAUCGAAAUUGUCUGCCACUUGUUGAGAAGGAGAGGAGACAAGGCGUUGAGCCAAUGCACCACCACCACUGCUGCUGAUGGUGUGGCCUGAUGUCCGCCUGUGUUUUAACUUUGUUUGUCGCCGCCGUCAUCUUUUCAAAAGACUUAUGAUCUGCUGCUAUAGAGGUGCCAAGAAUCAUCGCAAAUAUCUUUAUCGGUUAUAUUCAUCAUCGUCUUGUCAUUAUAUUUCUAUUCAUCUUGUUAUUAUUCUCAUUUGCCAGGCAAAGGUACUAAAUGUUGUAAAUGAGAUUCGCAACCACAUCUUCAAGGAUUUAGCAUAUGAUAGAACUCUUGAGAACUUUCUGCACCCAGUACCAGUUAUUUAGUGGGCUUGCAUUAAAAAAAACGUUAUUUUUUUCCCCUAAUUACAGUACGAGAUGUAAAAUUCAGACUUGCAUUGCUAUGCCGCAUUUUAUUCAGGGUAAAUAAUAUUUGAUACCCAUGCAAACUGGCCUAAUAUAUUAUCCUAAUUUAUAUUUUGUGUUUUUGUUUUGAGAGAGGGAGAUGCUUCUCCCAUGAAAGGCGAGAGUUGCAUAAGCUAUUGUCUGUCGAUACUAAGAUUGGUUAAAGGUGCACUGUGUAAUAUUUUUAGUAGUUAAUUUCCAGAAUUCAUGCUGCCCAUUUACAAAUGUUACCUACCUAAUACACCGAAUACAUACCACCACCAUCAAAUUUUAAGUAUUCAUUAUGGCUGGAAAAUUUUAAUUUUUCAUACAUGAAAAAUGAGAGGGGGAUCUUCUCGAUGGUCUGCCAUUUUGAUUUCCCAAAACUUUUCAACAUAAAAUUUGACAAAAGGCAGCACCGUUUCAAUGACUAGCAUAGUUGCAAUACCUUCUCUGGCUACCACCCUACACAGUGCACCUUUAAGUUUGAACAUGUGCACUUAGUAACAAUAUUUUCUACAGUAACAAUAUUGUACAAUAUUCUCUACACUACACAGGUAGAUUAGACAACACUCAUGUGCUACACAAACACUUAAACAUACACUUUACAGUGCCUCCAACAGUAAAAAAAAAAUAAUGUGCCCUGCGCUUGCCAUUUGAAACACAUCUGCCAUUUUAGGCUGAGUGAACUGCUGCUUAUGAACCCUCAGUGGGCCGCCAGCGCUGUCAGAGACCUUUUAGACCAGCUCAGGGCCCUAAACCAGUAAUCAAGGACAAACCCAGUGCAGUUAGAGGUUUUUGCAUGUGUUGAAUCCAGCGGUGUGUGUGUGUGUGUGUGUGUGUGUGUGUGUGUUUGUGUGUGUGUGUGUGUGCGCGCGCGCGCGCGUGUGUGUGUGUGUGACUGUGUAUUAUACCCUAACCCUCAGUGUUUCUAUAGUUUUCUAUUCAUAUUAUACACAUUUGCACUUUGGAACUUCAUCCUUGCAUCAUGUCAUUCCUUACGGAUAUCAUUCUACAUUCCUCUUGUAGAAACCACUCUGCCUACCAACUCUCAUAUUUACCUCUGUGAAGGAGGUUAUGUUUUCAGUCGUGUUGGUUUGUCUAUCUUUCUGCUUGUUUGUCUGUUUGCCUGUCAGCAGGAUAACCCAAAAACUAAUGUACGGAUUUGGAUGAAACUUUGUGGAGUUGUUGGUAAUGACCAAAGGAACAUGUGAUUUUUGUGGUGAUACAGAUCACGAACUGGAACAAGGACUUUUUAAUGAUUCCUCACCAUUACUAGCCUACAAACUAGACACCCCUAGUGACCGCAAAUUGAAUUAAGGACAGGGCGAAUUUUGACAUUCCAGUUUAUAACUCCACAAAAAGAAGGCAGAAAGACUUAAAAUAAUAGUAACAUAGUCAAAUGUUCUAUCAAACAGCUUCCUUGGCAGAGGUCUGCAUUGCUGCACUGCAUUGUCUGAGUGCAUUUCUAGUUAUAUCAUAUGUGUCACCUUGGCUGCCUGGUGUGCAAGACAGCAGUGCCUUUAGUGGUGUCCUCAUCUGUUCACAAUGCCCGUGUAAGGACCUACUUGUGCCUGACCUGAUCACCCAUCCUUUCCAGAUAUCAGAUGAAUGCUGCUGUUUAGACUGGGUAGAAACAUGAAGCAGAAAUCAUCCAGGGGUGCAUUGUCGCUUACUUGGUUGCAGUGCAAUUUAUCAUUGGCAACCUGUUUAGUUGAGAAGUGGUUAGCAACCACGCUUUCGAGAAACGGUGUCCAUUUCUGUAACCUCUCAUCCCAUAAUUCUGUAGUGCAUGCAGGACAGAGGUCAUAGUCAUUAUGUUAAGAUGAAUACUGCACUUUCACAUAUAGUUAGUGAAAUUAUAGUAUGUAAAAAAAAAUUGAGUAUAAAUUUAGAGUUUUGUUAGCAUGAAAUGCCUUGCUCCAUUGAUUGAGAUGAGAUAAGUGUUUUAAGAAAGUGAUUUAAUAUAUUUGUAGUACAGAGUGAACAAAAAUGAUGUAGGUGGACUUUUCUUUGGCCUCAUUGAAAAACAGCCAAUUGUAGUUUUGUUCAGAGUAAUUGACGCUGUUUUAACAGUAGCUAGCUUCAUGAGAAUAGGAAUAUUUAUUUAUAGAAGAACAAUGUCGUCAGGUUUGACUUGCUGGUGAUGCCAACUAAUUCCAUAGAUAGAACAUUUACAACAGUUUUAUGUAUCUUCUGUAUAGAAUGUUUCUGUUAUAGUCAGUGGUCACUGUGCAGUUUGAUUGAGGUGAAUAUAAAUGAACUGUCACCAUCAGGAGAAUGCUAGCUGGCCUGCAGGAUGAGAUAAUUAAUUAAAAACUUGACAAUUAGAGCACAGUAGGCACAGAAUAUCUUGCAGCGUAGUGUACUAUCUUGCAGAACUGUUAAAAUGUUUUAAAAGUUCCAUCAAAGAACAUUCAGUUGCCCUCUAGAGAUACUUCUAUGAUACGUUUUCUGAGAAAUGUAAAGGUUUGGUGAAGAACCCAAAGGCUCCUCGGAGGACCUUUUGGGGCUCCUCCACAUUGGUAAUUGAAAGAUAGCUGUCACUAGAUGACAAAGCACUGAUUCUUGAGAAAGCGGCUAAAACAUGUCUCUGCAAUAAACUGCCAAUUCUGAUGAAAAUAAAUUAUAUUUUCAUGAACAAAAUGAAUCCAGGUAAAGACCCAGGGGUCUGUUACACAAAUGUACAGUCGUUUGAAAUAUUUAAGUGUAAUUUUAUUACUUUUCAUGGCUAUAGACCUGCCCACACCCUGUAAAAACAGCUGUCCCAAGGACAGACAUCAUCAUUUCAAUUGACUUAAAAUGUAAAAAUCACUGAUAUUAUUGAAUAAUAUCACCAUGAUGUGAAAGUCCAUAUUGAAGUGAUUCUGCAGAUAUGCACAUAGUGCGUGUAAAGCAAUAUUUACUACUAUUUUCUGAUUGCUCAAAGUGUGUCCAGCAUAUUAGUCACCACCGUCAGAUUUUUUUUAAAAAGACAAUAAAAUCAGGUAUGCACAAGGUCAUUGUCAUUACUUAGGACCCCGUUUCAAACCUUUAGCUCUACUGAAUACUUCACCAUCACUGAAGCUCCUGUAAGUUUACUAAUUUUGCCUCAAUUUGUUAAUUUGUUUGGACACUGGUACUGUCCCAACCAUAAACUGUCAACACCGUCGGGGGGUUUAAUAGUAUUAUGUUACAUUAAUGUUAAUUAUAUAUACAUUUUCAGAAGCGGCAUGAAGCCCCUAAGAAACAGAGCAAAAACGAAGUGGCUAAUGUGAGCAAAAAAUGCACAAUAUGUA